UGGCUCGUCUUAACAGUAUCAUUAACUGUAUCAGGUCCUGGGCAAAUCAAUGCACUGGCCCCUAUAAUAUAUAUUCACCGACAGCAAGCCACAGAAGAUACAAAUGAGAAUUGAGUCCCUAGAUCUGUGUCCCACUACCGGACAGCUGUGUAAUAAAUAGGUACUAGUUAUAAUCGGAAUAAAAGAAGAAAAAAAUUAACUGUCUCUCGUUACUUUACUCUUUUUCUGUUUAAUUAACUUCGGAUUAACAUCAAGCACACACAGACACACAAAAAACUCCGGCCAGAAAAGCCGUCAAAACUUUAAACAAGUAAACUAUUAAUUAAAAUAUAUCUUUAAGAAAACUUUUAUAGGAAUUUAAAAGAAAAGAAUCCAGCAAAAAAACACAACGGACAAAUACGAUGGCUUGAAAUAUUAGAAAACUAACCUUUUCUUGUUUUGUUUUCUUUUGUUUUACAUCAGAAUGUGUUGAAUUUGUUUACAUUAUUAGAAUUGUUGGAUCACAUCAGCCAAAAAUUUGAAAAUGCUUUUGUUCCCAUCAGAACUCAUUUGGGAGUCCAGACUUACAGCAUGUGACCCAGUGCAAACACUAAUUAGGCCUAUCGUGGCGAUUGGUUCACUCAGUUGAGGCUGACACAGAACAGCCAGAGAUGAGGUAGGUAAUUGUUUCUCUGAUGGUACCACAAAAGUGGCAGGAACAAACUAAAUUCUUAACUUGUUCUAUCUUGGGGCCACACCACUAAACAUUCCAACACAAUGUCGAAGAGGUCUAAUAGAAAGCGGAAACUUCCACAGUGGAUGCUGUCUUCGGUCAGUUCCAAAACUGAAACUACAAGAGAUUCUGAUGAUGAUCAGCUUGAUGCCGAUUGUGAUGUUGAGUCAGAAGAUAAUGACACAAAAGAGCAUUCUAACCUUGACCGAGCCAACACAGUAAUGUAUAUGAUGAGUGAACAAGAGCUGCUACAUGUUGCCAUGAAAACACUUCAUACGGAAAAUGAAGAUCUUUGUUCUGAUGAAAAACCCACCACAAAACCUACCAAAAUAUGUUUCAAAAACAAAACUCUUGUUAACUUUCAACCAUCCAGUCAUCGGAACCAAGUAAAUUCUGUUGCUAUUAACGAUAACAGCAUCGAUGCUAAUGACCAUGAAGACAACAGUAGAAGGGUUGACACGAGGAAAGAAAUCAACGAAAGUCGUCACACGAAAAUUAAAUCUCAUAAGAAAAUUAAUGAUUCUGUUAAAAACAAAAAAUUAAAAACCAAGACACCAAAGACUUCCAGGAAAGAUAUUGAACCUGUUCCUCCAGAUACAUUGUCUGGUCACAGCCAUAAAAAACCCACAAGGGUUUCAGGUACAAUAUUGACUAACCGAGAUGUUGAGACAGAUCAGAUAGCAACAGACAAAGACAUUCAUAUUAAUAACAAACAGUGGACAGAUGAAAAUAUUCAAAAGGAUAAAAAUGGACCCACUUUACCCUUCACUAUAUUCAGCUCCAGAGAAACAAUCUCUCGUCAAAAACCCGAUUUGUCAAUUUUAGAUGAAAUAUUUUUGUAAUAAAUUUGGAAAUCUGAUUAAA